GCUCUGCCGCGGCCCGGCCGUCGAUGCCCACGUGUUCCCGCAGAGCCCCAACAGACGGAGGAGCCCGCACAAAGCACGGGUCUUUUCGAGGCGGCUAAUCGGGAGUUCGAAAGCACGGAGUCAGGAAGUGACACUUCGGACAUUUCAGAAGAACUUUCUAUACAAGAUGGAGAGGGAAAGUCCCCAGGAGAAGCAGCAUCUGGUUUGAAAACUGGACCAGAGGACUCUGCUCUCCCUGACACUCAAUUACAAAAGGAAGAAAGACCAACAAGCACUUACUCUUCUUCCAGUGUGGUGGGAGAAGUAGUACAAACUAUGCAGCACUUCAUGGAGAAGUUUGGCAUGGACCUGUUCACUGUUACACAGGCCUUUCUGAAAAAUACUGGUGAAGUGGAGACUACUUUAUACUUUCUGCAGACGGGGCAGCGCUUGGAUGGGUACCCUGUAUGGAGCAGAGAGGAUGAUUUGGAAUUGCAAAAAGAUGAUGAAUGUGUCAGAAAUAAAUUGAUAGCAAAAUUUGGAGCUGAAAAUGUAGCAAAGCGGGUAGCAUUUAGGAAAAGUUAGAUAGCAAAGCAGAGGGGAAUGACUGAUCUGGGACUGUGGCAGGAACUUAAAAAAACAAAAUCAUGUUAGAAGUGCAAAUGUGAUGGAAAAUGUGAUGCAACGUUCUGAAGUUUUAGAAAUGCUUUAAAAUAGUUUAUAAAAGGC